AUGUCUACUUCUGCUAGACCUCGCUACGACUCGAUGAAGAGCAACGGCUCGUCCACAUGGGGUGUGAGACCUCCAUCGCCUACUUAUUCAACUACCACGACUGGAUCGAGAGUGAACUUGCCUGAGAAUCAUGCGUUGAUAACGAGGAAGGAUCUCAGACAGUCCAUUGCAUGCUUUGAAGAGCUCAUGGCAGCUGCUAAAGCCUACCGAAACGCUUUAUUGGCCAUGUCGUCGGCUACAGCUGCAUUCGCUUCGGCCAUGGAAGCUUGUUCGAGGGUAAAAGGAUGUCGUUCUUCCAACUCGGCAUUGGCAGGAGCCUCUGGACUUCAGUAUCUCGUGUCAAAUCACGAACAAAUCCUCGCCGAUGCUGUAUAUCGUCAAUUCGAGAUACCAUUAUUAGAAGCGCUAGACCAUUACAAGCUCGUCACUGCUGAUCGGCUGGUGGCCUAUGAGAAAGCUCUUCAUGAGCAGAGCAGUAAGAUUAGGAAGACCGAGGCGGAGAAUGGCAGAAGGAGGAAAAGAGAUCUACAGCAACUUAGGCAAGCUCUGGCGGAAAUGCAGAGACAGGUAGAUGAGUUGGAUAGUAUGAAAGCUGCUUAUCAUGAGGAGGUGCUUGAAGGUGAAGAUGAGAUAUGGGAUACAGUACUGAACAAAGUCGCAUUCGUCGUUCGAAGUCAACUAGAUUUCUACGAGAAGAUAGCUGGUAAAGCGAGUGAUCCGAUACUAGAACCUUUGGUGAUGUCCAUACCCGACCCUUUCGAUUCGUAUGGUCCACCGAAAGAAGAUGGUCAGAUAUUUAGCGUCCUUGCUCCAUUGGGUCUCUUGGACUCAAGCGCCCCUCAAUCUCCAACACCUAACUUACCUCGUACGGGUCCUUCAACUCCUGCGAGAUCUUCAUCCCCUACCAAGCCCACCGCUCUUGCUACAAGCACGACGACACCGUCGAAAGCUGAACCUACCACUGAAACUGUCAUGGGUCAAUUGGACGGAUGGCUAGAUUCAAAUCAUGAUCGUGAACGGUCUGGUAGAGCAAGAAGGGAACUGAGCAUUAUAGAAGAAAGAGACGCGGCUAGUGUGAUUGUCAGGGACGACGAGGUGACCAGCCAGGUGGCAGUGGAUGACGAGGAAGAUACCGCUGUGCCCGGUGUUAGUCCAACAAAAGAAGCUCAAGGGAAAGAAGUGCAGGAAGAUAGAAACUGCGAUGGCGAACAGGUCAAUGGAUAUUCGAUGGAAGAGGAUGUGGACGAGUUGGAAGACGACGAUCGCGUCAACGGAAGCACUCCAGAUACCGGAAAGACGGAUAUACCGCCGGAUACCGCUGAACCAGACCAGGACAUACCGUAG